CCUCCCGUAUAAAUCCCCUUUAACCUCGUCCAAUUAUACUCAGACCUGCGAGAAACAAAAAUAAAACAAAACUACAAAAAAAAAAAAAACUACCCUUUCAGGUCUCAACUAGCAAUAGAGAUGAAGAAGAUUGCCUGUGGAGUCGUUUUUGCUGCUGCUUCCAUGACCGCAGUCAUGGCUGCAGAGGUCGGAGCUCCAGCACCAGGACCCGCCACAAACGGAGCCUCCGUAGCCGUACCGGCUCUUGGCUCUUUGGUUGGAGCCUCCCUUGUGUCUCUCUUCGCCUACUACUUGAACUAAGCUCUUAUUAUUUAAAGGAAAACGAAGAAAUAUUGAUGUCUCUUUGUCAAUUUCUACUAUGUGAUCCAAUUUUGUGUGUGUUGUUUAGACAGGCAUACUGAAUAAAACAAAAAGAGGAAUUAAUUUGAUUAUGGUCAGUCAUGUUUUUAUGUAAUGCUGAUUAAUAAAAGUAUAUAUGUGUUUUUCUCUUUUCAUUUAUUUUCCUUAUAUUUAGGUAUAUAUGAUCUUUAAUUACCAAGUUAGGUUUUUUUUAUAGGUAUAUGGUCUUGACGAGUCUUUAAUAGAAUCAUAUAAGAAAGUGGAAUUAGGAGAGAUCUAGUAGAAGAUUACCUGGAACUAACGAUAUUGUUUGUCCCAUUUGUUUUUCGGAGUAUGCUAUAGUAAAGAGACCGUGCGUUGCAUACCGGAAUGUGAUCAUUGCUUCCACAUUGAAUGUAUAGAUAAAUAUGGAUGGGUAGCUUGAUGUUAUAAUUACCCUUUUAUCUCCUUUACAUAUUUGGUUUUUUUUACAAAAUAAUAUUUUAAAAUAAAUAUUUUUAAUUAAACAAAAUGUUUUUGAUAUAUUCAAAUAAUUUUUUAAGUGUAUCGGAACAUCUAUAUUCUUGGCUAGGAGAUAAAAUAAAUGUAUACGUGACAUUUCAAUCAUCAUUAUUAAUAAUUCUUUUCUUCUCUUAUGUCAUGAUGUUCAAGUUCAACCACAUUAUUUACUUAUUUUGAGUUGACCACAAAAGUCACUUUUUUCGAAUCAUUGAACAAGUCGUUCCAAAAUCGAGUUCAAACUCUUGCCGAAGAAGUAUAGCUAGUGUUUCACUGCGAUUUUGCUUGUUCUGUAGUUUGUUUUAAGAUGUUUUGGUGGAGAAGGAAAAAGCAUGAAGUCAACGAACGACAGAGAAUGUUUAUGAAGAAUGGGAGUUUACUACUUGAAGAGGUCAUUGCGAUCAGUGAUGAUGCUAAAUCUAAUCCUAUCAAAAAUUUCUCAGCUGAUCAGAUCAGAGAAGCCACUAACAACUUCAGCCGCGGUAAUCUUGUACGCAUCGAUAGAUUCCGACAUUACAGAGGUGUGAUUGAUGACCGUGUCGUGCUUAUCAAGAAAUGGGCCUAUGGAGGAUCAAUUUACUCUGAGAAGAUGUACCGCGACUUAGCGGUUUCAUCAAUGGUGAGUGGUCACAAAAACUUCCUCAAACUGUUGGGUUGUUGCCUAGAAUUCGCUUACCCGGUUCUAGUUUGCGAAUAUGCCGAGGUCAUUACUCGUAGCCUAAGAGGAAAAAGAUGUCCGAUAGAUCCAGCUUUAACAUGGAGUAUGAGAAUUGUUAUAGCAAAGGAGAUUGCAAACGCUUUAACUUACCUUCACACAGCGUUUUCAAGAACAUUAGUCCAUAAAGAUAUACAACCUUGUCAGAUUUUCUUAAAUAAUAAUGGAACACCAAAGUUGGGUGAGUUUUGCAACAGUGUUUUCAUUCCAAAAGUUGGGUGAGUUUUGUAGUGGAAGGAACAUAUGGGUAUCUUGAUCCCACUUAUCUGUCAAAGGGUUUAGUCACUGAGAAGACUGAUGUAUAUAGCUUUGGAGCGUUAAUGUUUGUUCUUUUGACUGGCAAAAUACCGCGACCAUACAUUUGGACAAAACAAGAUGAUUUGUAUUCGUCUCUGGAAGAUCCAAAGAGUUUGUCUGAAUUGGUCAAGGAUGGAAGAUUUGAUGAGGUUGUGGAUAAAAAGA